GUGGGGGGUAGAGUUCCCCGCCGCCGCCGCGGCGCAGGAUACCACCAACUCCGGAAGCGAAGGGCGAGCCGACCAUGGGCACCGGCAGCUCCAAGGCGCCGCCGCAGCACCUGGAGCGGACGAGCGUCGCGCACACAGGCGGCGUGAACUGCAUGAGCGCCGGCGAGGACGGCUCGGCGCUGCUGCUCACGGGCGGCGAGGACGGCUCGGCGGCCCUGUGGGACGCGGAGGCCCCGCAGGGCCAGGGUCGCCGGGCCACGCUGCGUGGCCAUGAGGGGUACAUCACGCACUGCGCGCUCGCCGCCGACGGCGCCCGCGCGUUCACGUGCUCCGCGGACCGCACGGCUCGCUGCUGGGACGUGCAGAGCGGCCACUGCCUGCAGGUGUACCGGGGCCACGCGGGCGUCGUGAACAGGGUCGUGCCGCACGCCGGGUGGCUCUUCAGCAGCUCGUACGACAAGACGGCGCGCUGCUGGGACACGCGCACCGGGGACGCGCUACGCGUCUUUGCCGGCCACAGGAGCUGCGUGCUGCCCCUGGCCUUGUACUGCCCUACGGGGCAGCAGCAGCUACGACAGCGCGAAGGGCAUGGACGGGGAGCGUCAGGAGGAUCUGAAGGAUCGAGGAAAUCUGGGGGAGCAGAGCGGCAGGUGCGCGCGGACGCGGUUGCGCGCUCCUCGCCCAAGUCCAGAAGUUCCACUUUCAUCCUGGAGGUGCGCAGAGCUGAUCCCGGGGACACCAACAUCGCGUCCUCGAAACCCACACCAUCGUCGUCACCGCCAUCAUCAUCAUCACCACCACCAUCAACAAUAGCACCAUCGUCAGCGUCGUCGUCGUCGUCAUCUUCAUCGAACCCAAAGGGUGAGAGGAGGAGCUCAUCGGCGGCUCUAGCCGCCCUGGAGGAGAACACCACGCUGCUGCUGAUGUCGGGGAGCGUGGACGGCACCGUGCGCCUGUGGCGGCUGUCGAGCGGUGCCUGUGCGCGCACUUUGAGGGGACACCAGGGCCCCGUUCUGUGCCUGGCCGUGGACGCCUCGAACGGCGCCCUCUACUCGGGCGGGGCGGAUGGGACGGUGCGCAAGUGGGACCUAAGCAGUGGGCAGCAGCUGCGCUCCUACACGGAGCACACCGACCUGGUCAUAUGCCUGCAGCUGGCGAACAGACACCUGUAUUCCGGCAGCUCGGAUGGCACCGCUCGGCGCUGGCUGUCAGAGGUCGGAGGUUGCGCCCGCGUCUACCGGCCACACAAGCACACCGUCAGCACGCUCAGAUACCACGAUGGCAUUUUGUUUACAGGCAGUGGAGAUACUUUGGCCCGAGCGUUUGAUGCAAGGUCUGGUGCCCUGAAACGCACAUUUAAAGGCCACACAGGGAUCAUCAACUGCCUGGAGGUGGUAAACGGAAAGCUGUUCACGGGCUCACACGAUGGUACGCUACGCAUAUGGGAGGUGCAGAGCCUCUAUGAGCAAGAGAAGCCCCCUGAACGUGAGCAAAAAAAGGGAGGACUAAAGGGUCUAGCGCCGAGCAACAAGGUGGGAGGACUGCCCGAGACACAAGUGGCCGUCUCUGUGGGCUGGCCUGACGGGCAGAACCCUCCCGAGCACCUCUCGGAGCUCGGCCUGCAGCGUCAGAGAGAGAUGGCCGAGCGCGAGGCCAUGCAGCUCGUGUGAGCCAUGGAGCCGGCAUGCUACAGCAGCUGUUUCGGUUGCUGCCACGCUCUCGACGAUGGCGUGAAUGCCCUUUCAGACACCGCUGCAUACUAACGCUUGCAUGCAUCGAGAGUACAAAAAAAACUCAGAAGGCUGCGCAUUGUAGGAAAGAAUAAUUCCCCGACACCGACUGAAAACAUAUGUUGCGCGUACGUUCGUCUCGAAUGUGCUGUCGGGCUGUACCAGACUGAUUUCUGGCAUGUUGUUCCAAGCGCUGGGAGCUCCUCCAGGAACUAUUGGUCAGCACCAACAGCAAAAACAACGUAUGCAGUUGAGUAUAUUCAUUACCUUGACAAAUUUACACGUUUAAGAAGAGUCGGUAAAAGUGAGUCAAUCCAUCAAAUUCAAAUACUGUACUGUAUAAUGGACUCGGGCCAUUGUAUUCGUAGAUAUGAAGCAAACACAAAUAAAGUAGAUUACAAAUGCUUUCCACAAUCACAGCUUAUAACUUAUAAUAAAUAUAGAGUAUUGUCAGUAUUUUUAGUAUUACUUUAUAGAACGGUUUAAGCUGUUCGACAGCAUCACUGCGGGUGUCAUCUCUUCCACGGUUCAAAUGGAGUUAAGCAGGCGAGAAGCACACCACUUACCACAUCACAGUACGCUUACAAAUGCAUUUUUUCCCCCUCAAGAUUAAUAGUGAAAGUAUAAAAAGCGUAGAGAAAGUGUACUCUUAUAUUAACAACUUAACAGCAUGAUUCAUACUCUGUUUCUUUUAGGUCAGGUCGUGUCAAAAUGUGUCGCAACCCCUCCUCCACCUGACACUGCCACGUGAAUCAAACGUGGCCAAUUGUAUUACUGCUUUAGCAGCACCACCACCAGUGUCAUUGUCGGAGAAGUAAUUUCCACAUUUAAAUGGCUGCGACGUUCCGCUGGAGAUUACAUCCAGCGUCAUCAGGUUGUUAACAGGAGCUCAGGUCUUGAGGUCUAAGCUAAUCUCCAGCGAAAUGUCAAAAUAUCGUACCCAUUUAAACGUUGUGAAACCAAUUGUGAAUCAUAACAUUGGUCGUGAAAGCCUACGUAUAAAAUUAACAGAAUUUUCAGUUAAGAUGUUUUCAGCUGUCACACUCAAACCCACAAGAGGUUUACCACUACAAAAAAUCUGUAUUUAAUGAGUCGUGUUCUCUCAAGUGCACUCAAGCGCCAAACGUGAAUUAUACAAUGUAUUCCAUGAUUGACGGGCACGUGUAAUUGUUUAUUUCAGUGCUGAAACAAAGAACACAUCUGUCGUGCUCCUACCUAAUACUGUUGAACUGUUGUCUUGUUGUCCUUCGGUGUAAGCGUUUAUCCGGUUUACUCUGGGUUACGACAAUGUUACCGUGGUGAGUGAAUGCAAACAACAUUGACAAAGUGGCAACAACGCUCAGGUGGACGAAUGUGCAAAUAACCUGGCCAGAGCAACUGACGCUUUCGGCAAACACCGUCUGAGCUGGCCAAUGUGUCUUUUCACCAAUGCGCUUACAAGUACGACAGUAUUUAAAAAUAUAAUAAUGUUAUUUAUUCCCUAAACUAUUCAUGACACAACCACGAAUUGCAAUUUUAUGUUGUUAGUUUAAUCGGGCCGGCAUUGAUGUCUCACAAUUUUGUUUGACAGCGUCACUUUUACGAAUCAAAAAGGGCCUUCGUGAAACGGGAAUUGACGUUGAUAAACUGAGGCAAAAUGUAUCUUGCAUACUCGUAAACUGGUUGUACAGUAUUGUUUGGGUCUUUCGGUAAAGUCACGUAGAUAGGUUCAAAGAAAAUAACAA